AGGAAGAAAUCGGCGGGAGUGGAACUACACAUGGCCAAACAAAUUGUUAGAAAUUCUACCGAAGAUCAAGAAAAUCAAGAAAAUAAAAAGGCAUUACAUAGAUCCUGGUCUCAUCUUCCACCUGAGCUUCUAUGUUUAGUUUCCUCAUAUCUUUUAGCUGGGGACUUUACAACCUUUCGUGUUAUAUGCAAAUCAUGGCGAUCAAGCACUUCUCUUCCUCGACCAGCGGUCUCAACCUUAACUGAUUCUCCAUGGUCUCUAUCUCCAUGUUUAAUGUCCGUUGGCUUGCAUAAAUGCACAUUCUUUCACCCUGCAUACCAAAAGCAUGAUGCAUGUGAGAUCGACAUUCCAGAAUUAUUGGAUGCACGUAUUCGCUUCUCAAAGUAUGGUUGGUUGCUCUUGACUGGAUAUGGUGAUGACAAUUUUAGUGUCUUUUUCUUCAAUCCUUUCACAAAGGAAAAAGUAGAACUCCCUAAAUGCACAAAUAGAGAAUCAUUCGUUACCAUGAGUUUUUCUUCUCCGCCUACUUCUUCUGACUGUUUUGUUAUUGGAAUUUGUGGGUGGGAUGAUUUUGGGUUCAUUAAACGUGGAGAAAAACGUUGGACUUCCCAUACAAUUAUUAAAAGGCCAGAAUUUACGCCAUCAACAUAACAUAUUGCAAUCCAAUCUUACACAAAGGAUUGUGCUAUUGUUUGGGUGAGAAUGGAGGAUUAGGAGUAUUUGAUCCAAACGACAACCCAAGUAAUUGGAUUAUUUAUCAUAAUGAUAAAAUUCCCCUUAUUCAAGAAAAGCUUGAUUCAGUUCAUCGAAGUUACUUGGUGGAAAGUGAUGAAGGGAAGCUUUUAGCAAUAUUCAUGGUUGAGGAGGGUGACACUAAGACACCAAUUCAUGUUUUUGAACUACCUAAGUUACAAGUAAAUAAAACCAUGAUGAAACCUUGCAAGAUUGUCUGUCGUAUUGUGAGAAGUUUGGGAAAUAGAAUCCUAUAUAUUAGUCUUGGAGGGUCUUUCUUAGAACCUGUUGUGCCAAGAGGAUUGGGUAACUAGAUUUACUUGCCAAUUUUCAAAGACAAGAAAAACAUUUUCUACUCUCUCAGUACUGGCAAGUAUCAUUUCAUAUUCGAUGAUUAUUCUACCAAGAAUAUUCAUAGAU